AUGGACUUGCAUUUCUGCCCGUUUUCUUUUUUUUUUUUCUUUCUUCUUCUUCUUUUUGCAAGUCUCACGUUCGUCACGCACAUCCUUGACGCACACCACACAGAGCCUCUAAAAGCCUCUAAAAGUCCUACCGUACAUUUCGAUGUUCGCCGUGUCCAUUCGCCUGAGACUUUGAGACCUGCUAGCAUCAUUGCUGCCGCCGCCGGUACAUUUACUACAGGUAUGCAAGGGAAACAUGGACCGCCGUACCGCAUUCAAAACUCUGGCAAUUCCGGCACUCAAACUCGAGACGGGCGAGUUCGUAGACUCACGACUUCCGCUCAGAAACCGGUGGUUGGCUGCCACGGGGUACAUGAUGUCCCCUACUGGCAGUAUCAUACUCCAUUAGUACCUAGCAGUACAGAGCACUACACUUCAGUUGUCCGUAAUUCUGAUAUUUACGGUGCUUGGAUCAAAUUCAGUGCGGCCUCACAAAAGGGUAGGUACAUUGUCGCUCUCCCUCCCCCGCCUCAAAAGCCGCUCUGCCAGGGUCUGGCCUCGCUGUUUUUCCCGCUAAGAGUGCACCAGCCCAGCAGUGCCAGCUCCCCAUACUACCUGAGCUGA